AUGAGAAAACGACCAAGUGACUACUCGUUAUCCGGCAAUAAUCUAAAUCCGCGGAUCAAUGAAGAGUUGAACCGGUCACAAGCUUACAACAGUAAUAAUAAUAACAAUACCAAUCAAAGUACUUCACCGUCAAGAAACAAUACGACCAAUAGAAGCUCCAUAUUUAGCAUCAGGCGAAGUAAAGACAAGCAUAGCACUAAUGAAUCCCUUUCAGAAAUUUCAUCUUUAAAUGACACAGAAAGUAUCAUAUCGUCCAAUUCAACAAAUAGUAGAAAUAGCAAAAGACUGACAAUGACAUCGUCUCAUCCAUCUUCCAUAAGAUCAUCUAUAUUACCAAGUGCACAGUAUAAUGCAUCGCAUGGAAACCCAGCCACAAACUCAACCUCACAUAAUAGACAUGUCAGUACAUCAUCAUCAGCAACUUUAAAUCCCUACGACAAAUCAUCAAAUCCGUUAAGCAGGAAAACUACCAAUAUUUCAAUUUCAAGACCAAUCAAAACAAACGAUGCCUCUAUUAAUACAUUCAAGAGGUCGUCUUUUCAACUAGAACGCCCGAAUUCCGCAUUUGAAAUCGAGCGUAUGUUUAAAGAAUUGUUGGAAAAAUUAAAUUUUAAAUCUUUACCACCACAAGCAACUAGAGAAAUGUUAAAUUAUGAUAUAGAACGAAAAUGGAUGAUGAUUGAACAGGAUGCCAGAGCUGAUUUCGACAGACAACAACGAUAUGCCAAACAACAGAAUUCUUUUCUUCCUGAAGAAUACGCCAAAUGGUUAAUGGCAAAGACCAUAACAACUAAUCAAUUAAGUUCGUUAUGGAUAGCUCUACGAAGUGAACCAAUCGACUGGGUUAGAAGUUUUGUUUAUGACUGUCAAGGUGAUACCUUGUUACUGGCCUAUUUGACAAAAUUACAAGAUGAAAUGAUUCGCAGCAAUAUUGUCGACAUUAAUGAUGACAUUUUUGAUAAAGAAGUUAAUGUUUUGCAGUCACUUAAAUGUUUAAUGAAUCAACGUUUGGGUGCAGAAAGAAUUAAAACCGAUGUUGAUGUAUUUGUUAAUGCAGUUUCUGGGUCAUUGUUAUCACCAAGAAUCAUAACAAGAAAAUUGGCUACUGAUACUUUAACUUUUAUGAUUUCAUAUAGUGCCAAUGAUAAUGGUAGAUAUCACAAAGUUUUGAAAGCCUUGGAUUCGAUAACAGAAAAACCGAGAAUUGAAUUUGAGACUCCGGUUGAAAGUAACGCUAGUCCACGAAAAUUGACAAGAAAACCACCACUUCCCGAGAACUUUAAACGUUUCGAAUUAUGGUUAAAUGUAGUUGAGAGAACUAUUGAUGCAAGAGGGAAAUAUAAAAAUUCCGAUGUUGGAGCUAGUGAAGAGUUGAAGUCAGCGUAUGCUGGUGGUAAUGCCGGAAAUUAUAACCGUUCAAGUAGUGUUAUAAAUGCUCGAAAUCAACUAGAAAGUCAUCUUGUGGAAUAUUGUAUUGCGACUAUGUUAUUGAUUAAUGUCAUUGUUGCAAAUGGUACUGAUUUUAGAGUUCGAAUACAUUUACGUGCUCAAUUUAAAGCAGCAGGAUUGGAUAGAAUUAUUCCUAAAUUCCAGGAGCUUGGCAAUGACGAAUUGGACAAUAUGAUCAUCAGACAUAAAGAUGAUGCUGCUAAUGAUGAAGAAGAUUUGAAAUACACUGCCGAUUUUGGCGAUGGAGAAGGACAAGAUGAUAUCGAUUUUAAUGAUCCUGUCAGUUUGAUUCAAUUAAUGUGGUCUAAUGUGAAAAAUUCAGAAGCAGCAGGGCAUUUCUUGAGUGCUGUACAGCAUUUAUUUUUGAAUCAGUCAGAUAAACGAAAUAAUCCCCAGGAAUUGACGAGAAGUUUAAGAGCAUUAGAUGGGUUAGUGCAGAAUAUCUCAUCUAUCAGAACCACCAAUGAAGAUACAGCGAUUAACAUUGCAAUUAAUAAAUUAAUUUCUAAUAUGAGUACUGAUGAUAUGUACAGAAAAGCAUUGGAUGAUGUGAAAAUGUACAGAAAAAUGGCAGAAGAGGCUACUGCAGAAAGAGAUGAUAUGACCAGGCAAUUAUCCAUGGGAGUUGAUGGGUAUAUUGAAAGUUUGAUGAAUGAUGUUCGCGAGCGUGACUUGAUUAUUUCACGAUUCAGAAGGUCUACAGAAGAAUUGAAUGAAGAACUUCAACAUGUCAAAACAAAAUACAUGCAAGAAAAGCAAGAGCUGGAGUUGGAGAUGAGAGAAUUAUUGAUUAUGAUUAACAAUAAUGAACUUGAAACCAAUCAAUUACGAAAAGAAGCAGGUAAGACCACUCUACAGGUUACUACAAAUAAUGAAGAAUUGGCAUCGAGAUUAAAGAAACAAAUUCAUCGUCGUCGUGCCGAGUACAAGUUAGACAAUCGUCAAUUGGGAACUCAUGUUGAACCUCUGACAAGAUUAAGAGCUUUACGAGACCAAAUGGGUGAUAUUGAAAAUAUGGCCAGAGAAUUAGAAAUGACUGAUUUCGAGACAUAUACAGAUCCUGUUGAAGAACCUCAAGUAGUUGAAAUUCAAUCCUCGAGUGAUGAAUACGUUUCUGAACCUAAACCUUCAGAAGAUAUACAAGAGGAAGAGGAGGAAGAAGAAGAAGAAAUUAUCGUUCCUCCAUUGCCAUUUGAUGGACCAAAAAGAGCUGUUCGUGAUGACGAUUUGGUAAGACUUGAUCAAUUGAGAAAGAAAUUAUCCAACUUACAAAGCGAAUCAAAUGAUAUUAUGAAGUAUAAUACCAGUUCUAUGUUUAACAAACAAAAAUUCUUGGCUAUGGAAAGAUUACAAGAAUUAGAAAACAGUUUUAAAGAUUUCAAUAUUGAUUUCUCCAUUGAAGAUGAUGAAGAUGAAUACAAGUUCAAUCAAAAAUCAAUGGAUGACUCUAUCAAAAACAAAACUAAGGAAGUAUUGAAAGAAGCUGAACAAUUACGUGAAGAAUUGAGAAAACAAUUGGCAGCUGCUAAGAAAUUGAAAACCCCAAGUGCUCCUGGUACACCAAGAGAUGGAAGUAGAACUUCAUUACUUGAUAGAAUUGAAAGUAAAUAUGUCAAGGGUCAGGUUCACGUUGAUGCUCCUAACAUGGUUCUGCCAAGAACUCAAAAGAAACAUAAUAGAAAUACUACAAUGAAUUCAAUGGAUCCUAUGUUCUUACAAGAAUUGAGUUCUAAAGUUAGUCAAACUGAACCAAUUACUAGUCCGGAUGAUGCAGUUACUGGGGACCCAACCAAACUUCAAGAGCCAGUUAAAAUUGUUCCAGAGUCAUCAGAAGAAUCAGUUAGUGGUGGUGCCCCUCCACCCCCUCCUCCUCCGCCGCCGCCACCACCACCUCCACCAAUGCCAGGAAUGUUGGGUGGAAGUGGUGCUACUGGUGGUCCACCUCCACCACCUCCACCUCCUCCACCUCCUCCACCUCCUCCACCUCCUCCAGGUUUCUUAAAUGGUGGUAGUAACGCUCCUCCUCCACCGCCACCACCUCCUCCAUUCCCACCUUCUUCAACUGGUGGCGGUUUCUUAAGUAAAAACAUUGGAGGUGCUUCUACUCCAGGGUCAUCUCCAUUUGAUAAUAUCCCAAGGCCAAAGAAGAAAUUGAAACAAUUGCAUUGGGAAAAAAUUGAUCAUAGUCAAGUUGGAAACUCAUUCUGGAAUGAAUCAAAUGAUCAAACAUUUAUUAACGACUUGAUGUCAAAGGGUGUUUUUGAUGAAAUUGAACUUAUUUUUGCUGCUAAAGAAGCCAAAAGAUUGGCUACCAAACGUAAAGAAGAUGCUGAUAAAAUUACUUUCUUGGGAAGAGAUAUUUCACAGCAAUUUAGUAUCAACUUGCAUGCUUUUAAUUCAUUAAGUGAUGAGGAAUUUAUUAUGAAAGUAUUGCGUUGUGAUAAAGAUGUUAUUAACAAUGCCGCUGUUUUAGAUUUCUUUGGUAAGGAUGAAGUCAUUGAAGUUAGUAAUACUUUGGCAAGAAACUUUGAACCAUAUUCCACUGAUUAUAAAACCGAUGGGGAAAUCAGCAAACCAGAUAAAGAUCCAAAUGAGUUGCAACGUCCAGACAGAAUAUACUUGGAAUUGAUGUACAACUUGCAGCAUUAUUGGAAAUCUAGAAUUCGUGCAUUGACAGUGGUAUCAAAUUACGAAAGAGAUUAUGAAGAAUUGGUCAAGAAAUUGCGUCUUAUUGAUGAAUCCGUUGAUUCAAUAAAGAAUUCUAAGAAUUUGAAAGGUGUUUUCGAGAUAAUCUUGAUUGUUGGUAAUUAUAUGAAUGAUUCAGCUAAGCAAGCUAAAGGUUUCAAGUUGAACUCGUUACAACGAUUGAGUUUCAUGAAAGACGACAAGAAUAGUAUGACCUUUUUGCAUUAUGUUGAAAAGGUUAUCCGUCAUCAAUACCCUGAAUUGUUGGAUUUUAUUAAUGAAUUAUCCAAUUGUAAUGAAAUUGCCAAAUUUUCGAUUGAAAAUAUCAACAAUGAUUGUAAAGAGUAUGUUCAAAAUAUCAAGAAUGUUCAAAGUUCUAUUGACGUGGGUAAUUUAAGUGACAUUUCUAAAUUCCAUCCUCUGGAUAGAGUAUUGAAAACUGUCUUGCCUAAUUUACCAAGAGCUAAAAGAAAGUCUGAGUUAUUAUUGGAUCAAGUAAAUUACACCAUGAAGGAAUUUGAAAAUUUGAUGCUUUACUUUGGAGAAGACACUAGUGAUACCUUUGUUAAAAAUUCCUUUAUUUCUAAAUUUACCAAUUUCAUUAAAGAUUUCAAGCGAGUUCAAAGUGAGAAUAUGAAACGUGAAGAAGAAUUGAGAAUUUAUGAACAACGUAAGAAAUUAUUGGAAAUUCCAAAGAAGGAGAAGUCUACUGAAGGAGAAAGUGAAGGAGAUGAUUCUGGAGAAGGAGAUAAUGAAACUGGUGGUGUUAUGGAUGGUUUGUUACAACGAUUGAAAGCUGCUGCUCCUGUUAAAGGAGAGUCCGCGUCUGCUAGAAAGAGAGCAUUAAUGAGAAAACAAAUCUUGGAUAGUCAAAGACGAAAAGCCAAUUCAUCUUCACCAAGUAGUAGUGGUACUGCUGCCGCUUUGGAUGAAGAUAUUAUUGAAGAUAAUAAAGCUACUUCUCCUAUUGAUGAUUCAUUUAAUGAAAGUUCAAUGACACAAGUUGGUGAUGAAGAUACAACUAUUGAUACGGACAAUGAUAAUGAUAAUGUUGGAUCUAGAGCAAAGAAUUUAUUGAGUGAAUUAAGAGGAACAGAUGAAUCACCUUCACCAACUAAAGACAGGGAAUUGUUAUCCGAUGCUCAAAAAUAUAGAAGGCAAAGAUUAAAGACUAAAAGUUCAACAACAACAGUUGAUGACGCUACAUAG